CUUUCAUUGACUGAUUUUUAGCAAUGUCUUCCUACGGUUUUGUCAAGAUUUCCAGAGACGUCAAGCUUGCGGUUCCUAACCCUUCGGCUCCCACGGCUCAGACAGAUGUCGAUUUGCCAUCGACUCCUUUAGCUCAGUAUGUGUUGGAGUAUGUUACCAGACGUUUACCAAAGGAAGUAUUGAACCACUCGCUCAGAGUAUUUUUGUACAGUAGAGCUAUCAUCAAGGACCAAUUCCCAGAAUGGGACUUGGACUUGGAAGUGGUCUUUGUCACCAGCUUGUUGCACGACAUCGCUACUACUGACGAGAACAUGAAGGCCACCAAGAUGUCGUUUGAAUUCUACGGGGGCAUCAUUGCUCGUGAUUUGAUUUUAAACAAGAACGCAAACCAGGACUAUGCUGAAGCUGUCAGCGAGGCCAUCAUCAGACACCAGGACUUGGGCGAGUCUGGCUACAUCACUACCUUAGGGUUGAUUUUGCAGAUCGCAACCAUCUUAGACAAUGUAGGCUUGCAUACGCACUUGAUCCAUCCAGUCACUUUGAGUGCUGUUAACAAGAAGUUCUCUAGAGAAGGCUGGUUGACCUGUUUUGCCCAUGCCAUAGACAGGGAAAACGAAGAAAAGCCAUGGGGCCACACCAGUGCUUUGGGUACGCAUAAAUUCAGAGAAGAUGUUUUGGCUAACAGCUUUACAUAUGAGAAAUUGUAGCUAUGAAUAUAAUAAAUAUAUAUGAGUACAUUG